CGCUGAAGUAACAUUUGAGAUUCAAGUUGAUUUCAAAGCCAUGGAAGUGGGUUCUGGAUUACGAAUCGAGUGUAGUGGAUUGAAUCGCACGCAAUGAUAAUAACGUUUGAAUUGUCAUAUUGCAAUAAUAUCGUUUUUCGAAAGUUAUAAUUAAGGAAUUUCAAUUUGCAGACUUUCAUUCGUUGAUUGUAAUUAUUAAUCCGAAAGCAUUCAAAUUAGCACGGAGAGGUUAUAUAGUAACUUGAGAAAUGACCGAUAAAGUCAUGAAGAGGCCUGAAGCGGAUGAGGAUGAAGAGGAGCUUCUGCGUCAACAGGAAGAAUUUCUGAAGGCAAGGCAAUCGCCAUCCGUGAAGAUUAUAAACUUGAGAGGUUCCACCGAUGUUCCAUGCAAAGUUUCAAGUACAAGCAAAACAAGAUCACAGUUUUCAAAGAAACAGUCAAGGAAGCGAGACGCGAUUUCUAUUUCACAGGGCUGCGGAGAGGUAAUAAACCCGGCCAUCAAAGAUAAAAUUCAGGAAACGAUCCAAGGAAAGUUGGAGGAUAUGGUGCAAAAUUUACCUACAGCGCCAUCGAAUAUAAUACUUGGCAAUAUCAUGGAAAGGAAAUUUGAUAUUAAGAAGUAUGAGUUUAAUUGUGCUCCCAUAGCAGCUGAGUUAAAAUGUCCUAAGCUUUUUGAAUCCGAUGACAUGGAGCAUUUAGAAAAAAAGACGAAUAAGCAAAGUUUAUUCUGGCAGAAAAUUUCAAAACUGAAAUCUGCAAAAGACGAUUUGGUAAAAAUUCAAAAGGAUGAACCUUCUUAUUCUAAAGAAAAAGAAGCAAACAUAACAGAGGAUUGUCUGGCUAUUGAGAUACAUAAAGAAAAUUUGGAAAAGCUGGCACAAAUGAGUGAAGUAGAGAUAUUAGAAGAAAAGAAAAAGCUUGAAGAAAUUCUAGAUCCUAAAAUAAUACAGUUUUUAAAAAAUAAGAAUAAAUUUGGGAAAAGACCAAUUGAACAAGACAAGAAGCAAUGUAACAUUUCAAUGAAUAAUGAAAAAGUAAUAGAUACAGGAGCAUUUAGUGAUAAGAGGAUAAAGCUUUUAUCAAGCGACGACUCAGAAAUGGAUUGCGAGAAUGUUAUAGCGAGCAUUUUAGCUACAAAAAAGAAGACAACAGAUACAUGUCUUAGAUCUCAUGACAAGAAGGUAAAGUUUGCAGAUAACGUCGAUACAAAAAUGGAUUGUGAGGAUAAUGUAUUGAAUAUACCACAAUUAUCCAAAGAAAUAUUUGAAGAAAGUAAGCAGAAGGGAUGGUUGCACAUGAACACUCCUGAACCAGAAAAGUUGGAAUGGAUGGAAGACCUGCCGGAAAACAAGGAAGAUGAAUCUGUGCCGAACAAAGAAUACAACGCGAGAUUUGAUUUCAAGGGUCUUUUAUUACCAUACAAGGAUGAGAGCUUAACUGUAGAUAAAGGCCUCUAUCAUCACGGGGAAGAACCCGAACGUCCUGGAUACUCUCUCCAAGAGUUGCUACAGUUGAGCAGAUCUUCCACUCAACAACAACGAUGUACAGCUCUUAUUACCUUAGCCAAUAUUAUGGAGAAGACGCGUAGUGGUUGUUAUGACAAAGUCUUGCAACCAGCACCGUUGAUCGCGCUGAGUCAAAAGAAUAUCUUGCUGCUAUUGAGAUUCUCGCUAGACGAUUCAUCUGUAGCCGUGGUCACGGCGACUCUGCAGGCGCUCAGAGCAUUCCUAGUUAGCGAAGCGGACGAGCUAUGCUUGGACAGAUUGCACGGAUACGACAAAUAUACAGAGCCUACGCUGACGCCUCAACUUGACGAAAAGGAUACAAAUGGUCUGAAGGAUCACGAAUUGGCGCAGUUGGAUGCUGUCGCUACAUUAUUAAGAUCGGAUAUUCUAUUGAGAAUUAAAUAUAUUCUAAGUGAGAUGCAUCCACCACCUGUUGGAGUAACGUGUGCCUUAGAAAUACUCAUACGCCUCGCGAGACACUCGCAUAUAACAGCGUUAAAUAUUUCAUCCUCGCCAUAUUUAUUGGACACUAUCAUUAAAAAUUUUAUACCACUGUCUACAGAUUAUUUAUCUUAUUUGAAAGGAACGACGGACUUGGUGAAUACUGCUUAUGGUAUUCCUGUAGUUCAGGCGAUUAAAUUAUGUCGCGUUCUCGUGACGUACGGCAAGAAGCCCGUCGCGCAAAAAUUGAGUAAUUUUAAAAUUAUCCAAACUAUUCUAACAUAUAUUGAGAGUGAAACGGGGAAUGACGACAUAAAUUUUAACAUUGAGAGCCUGCGACUCUGGCAGAUGUUGUUGCAUUAUGAAGUAGAGCUGGAUAGUGUCACAGCUGCUAUAUUAACUAUCAAAUCGCAAUUUCAGCGAUUAUUGGAUAAUCAUAAUAUUCAAAAUAUGCCAUCCGAAUUGGCGUGCGAACACGCUGCAGCGUGGAUUGCGAUAGCAAGCCACGAAAAAAUGUUAAAACAGGAUAUUUCUACGUUGCUAUUAAAGUGGAGUACACAAUUUUCAUCGAUAUCUAACGCUAAGUGGGGCGUUAUGAAAUUAAUUACAAAAUGUUUAUCCGCCGUUAAUGACAUGUCUACGUUUAAAACAAUGUGGUUAGCUAAUCAACAAAUUUUCUCUACUCUUCGUUUCAACUCGAACUUGUUGAGUGAUUGCAAUUCGGCUAUAGAUCGAGAACCAUCCUGCCUUCCAAACUUGAACGUUCUCAUGGAGAAUGGAAAAGUGCAGCCGAUCGUGUCGGUGGAUUCAUGCAUUCCCUUCUUGGCAACAGUAUUGAAUACAUUUUACAAUAAUUUUUGUGUGUCAGAAAUUCGUACAAUAUUCGAACAUUCGUUCUUCCGCAAAUACUUACAUGAUCUGGAAACAACCGAGUGGAAUUUGGAAAGAUCGUGGUAUAGUAGAACGGAGUUAUAUCUUUUGACAGCGGUAGUAAAAGCGGCGUCUCUUCUUGGAGAUACAAUCAAUAAUCAGACGGCGCAAAUUGUGUGGAGAAUCACCAUUAAGCUUAUCUCGACAUUACCUGCGGAUGCUACGGACCACGUGAGAAAUCUUCUUCAAAUCGCGUUAUCGAGCGAGAAAGUGAACUUGGAAAUUAUCACUAAUGAAUUGACAAAAAUAAAUCUAGCAUCCACGGUGGAUCAGAUUCAAAUAGGUUUGCAAUUCGCCUGCUUGCUUUAUGAGAGAUACAUCACACCAAACGGCGACUGGGACCAGGCAGCGAUGCCGAAGGACUGGCUUUUCCUGCCGCUAGUUCACAUAUAUACAAAAUGCAAAAAUGAUGUUAAGUUACAGCCGGAAGAUAAAAAUAGUAUCUUAACGGUGCUGAGUCUAGCACUGAUUUUGCCCGAUCUAAUGGAUAGGCUAUCGCCUACUUUAAGAUUCAGUAGAUUAAUAUUGGUGUACCUUUGCGAUACCGCCUAUUUGAACAACGAUGUGUCCGUGCUGCUACUGAAUAUUUUCUCGAAUCUACUGAAGACAUACUACGGGCGAUUGAAUUUCCGAAUCGAGUUGCCAGGGCUGAGUUCUUUUACCGAUCUGUUCACGGCGCUGUGCGAACAUUUCUGCUCGAGCUCGUACGGUGACGAUGGUUUCGCCAUGAUGUUGCUAGUACCGAUGACACAAAGACAUGAUCCGCAUUAUCGGAAAUUGCUGUGGUCGGAACACGCGGGCACGUUGCGACUUGAAGCUUCAGAUAGAGAAGUUUGUGUUUCCGAUGAAAAAAUAUCUCUAUCUGUAGGAGGAGGAGGAUACAUCGCUCAUGGAAAGGUACAUCACGAGGCUAGUCCGCGAAAUAAUCAGGCAAAUUUGGUGUUCUGUUCCUUAUGCGAUUGCGGUACAUCAUUCGGCGAUAUAUCUAAAGUAUUCGAAUAG